GGAAGAGCAGUGUGGAGCUGUCAGGCCAUACAUUUCUGUUCUGCUGCAAGGAGAAGCAGGCACAUAUAGGACUCACCUUUUUCAUGCUGCCAAGACUCUGAGAACAGCACCCAGCACCUUCGCCAGUCUAGGUCCCCACACCAGAACUGGAGUACCACACAGUCAUGCAAAAGCGCUUUACAUGGGAGCAAAGCUAAACUCUACAGAUCUGAAAAGGCUCUGACUGGCUUCAAGACAUGGAAGAUCUCAGGGAUAGUGCGGUGGAGUACAGGACUAAGGAACAGCCUGUGAAGAAAACAGAAAUGGGCUCACGUUGUGUAGUUUUCACCUACUAUCAGGGGGACAUUAACAGUGUAGUUGAUGAACACUUUUCCAGAGCGUUAAGGAAUACAAAGGACCCACAGGACUUAAGUACAAAACACAGAAGUAGUGAUUUUCUUCAAAAGAACACAAAUAACAUGAUGGUGGACGAUUUCAACUGGUCCAAGCCCUAUCAAGCCAGUACUUCUGUUAGGAUGACAUCUCCAGUAUUACCACCACUGACCUCUUCCUCCGAGCACUACCCAUCAGCGGCGGUAUACCAGCAGCACCAGCAGCACCACACCCAGCCAUCAGAUUUAUGGCAUUUCCACCAUUUUGGACCACCAAGCCAUAUUAAUUCUGUCUAUCAUCACCAGUCCGUACCAGAGUUUCAGAUGGUACCGGGUCCUGAUGGAAAAUGCAGCUCAUUUCUUAAUCUGUUACAACCUGAGAGAUAUCCUAGCACUCUGCAGGAGUCAAUGUCCAAACCAGACCUCCAUACAUCAGCAGCCAGUGGCUCUCCCAUACAGGAGAACCUGAAUCAGAGAAUAAACUCACAAGCAGGACUUCAUCCUCAGGAGAGAAGAAAGGAGUUUUUCCACCCACAAGAGCGAAGGAAGGAUUUAUACUUUUAUUAGGUGUUUCAUUGUUGUUAAAUAAUUUUUAGCACGUGUAUAGUAAAGGACAUUAUACUGCAAAAUGCUCCCAUUGAAAAUAAUACAUAUAUUUUUUUAAAUAUGUUCUCUGUGAAUGAAACACUGGUACAGUACUUCCAUAUUGAAUAAAUACUCUGCCCAAUCAUUGCAUGAUGAAAACAGGGAAGAACUACCUAGAGGUGAGCGUACAGGACCAUUCACAAAGGUGCAAAGUUCUGCGUUUGUCUCUCCAUUCUGUGGAAUGGUAUUUACACUUUACCUGUAAUAAUUCAUUAGGUGGGAUUUACAUUCUGUGAAUAGAACACAGGUUGACGGUGGACAAUAAAUUGUGCUGUGUGGUGUAUUCGGAGUAAAACAGGAAACUCUACUUGAAGCCAAAUUCCACCAGCAAAGAAAGAAAGCCGGAAAUUGCAGAAUCUAGCAAAUAUUUUCUAGCGGACGUUGGUUCCAGGUCCACCAGUUGGCGUGGUGACUUUGCCACUGAAGUGCACCAUUAUUCAAGUCUCAGGAUAAUAUUUCAGUUUACAUUGGUAGAAAAAGCAGUAUGUGUUGUAACCUACACAGAACAAGCAUUAUGAUAUGGAGAAAUGUCCAUUUAAAUGGAAUAUUCUGAAUAUAUAUAUAUAUAGCUAUAUAGAUAUAAAAUGUGUGUGUGUGUGUGUGUGUGUGUGUGUGUGUGUGUGUGUGUGUGUAUGCUUUAUAGCGGGACUGAUGAGUGUGGCUGAGGAAGUCUGAUGUGUAUAAAUUUGAUAUUUUUCUCUUGUAAUAUAUUUUAAGAAUGCAAUGUAUAAUACGUAUUUGAUUUCACCUGUAAUAUAUUUCAAUGGUAAGAAAAUGAGUCAUACAAAUGUAAUAGAAAAU